UUGCAAUUUUGCAUAAGCUUCCAUCUAGCUUUACAAAUUGUUCUUAAAAACGGAGCAAUUACACAAUCGCAACCAUGGGCUUAGCUAGCAUGUUGCAAGUAGAUGAAAUGCUGGGCGAUUUUAAUAGAAUGAAUAAACGCCAGUCGCUCUAUCAAGUGCUUAGCUUUGCUAUGAUAGUCUCCUCGGCGCUAAUGAUAUGGAAAGGCCUUAUGGUAGUCACCGGCAGCGAAUCACCAAUUGUGGUCGUGCUGAGCGGCAGUAUGGAGCCGGCAUUUCAUCGGGGUGAUCUGCUGUUCCUCACCAACUACAAGGAGGAGCCAGUCCGCGUGGGCGAGAUUGUGGUGUUCAAAGUAGAGGGACGAGACAUACCCAUUGUGCAUCGUGUGAUUAAAGUGCACGAAAAGGAAGACGGCACUGUCAAGUUCCUGACCAAGGGCGACAACAACAAUGUGGAUGAUCGAGGACUAUAUGCGCCAGGCCAGCUAUGGCUAUCCAAAAAGGAUAUUGUGGGGCGUGCAAGGGGGUUCUUGCCCUAUGUGGGCAUCAUCACAAUUUUCAUGAACGAAUAUCCGAAAGUUAAGUGGGCUAUACUCUCGAUUCUAGCAAUAUUUGUUCUGCUGCAUCGAGAAUAGAAGCCGUUUAUAUUUGUAGUUACAAUUUAAGUAGGAUCUGCGCGCAUAGUGAUGCCAGGGAUGUUGCACAAUCUCGAGCCUUUUUGCAUUUCAGUUUGAUCUAUCCAAAAUGAUAUGCAUUUGUACUUUGUUUUUUAUAAGACACCCCCACACAGAAGAACAACACAUUAGGUUCAAAUUAAAGAGUCCAGAGCUGAAUUUCAAUAAACGAUUUUUUAAAUACUUAUGUAUCCAAAUGAAUAACCGAUAA